AUGGUGUUAGAAGGCGGCUUGCCGGCCCCGCUGCAACUUUACGCUGCUGCCGCGGCCGGUCUCGCGCCCCGGCCGACGUGGCCCCCCUUUUUACCGUUCUUCGGAGUUCCCCCGCCGUUCCUGGCGAGACCGAGGCUGCCCCAUCCGCUGCCGAAUCGGGCCCCACAUGGACCCCCAAGCGAGGACUCUAAUGAGGACGGCGGGAGCAGCAAGGGUAUGUAUUGGGUCCUAAUUUAUUGUAUUUGA